GGACCAAUUAAACGAGCUUUUGCACUCUUAUUGGUCCAACUGAAUUCCUAUAAAUAGCCAUCUUAAGGAUAGUGAAACCUCAGUUGUGGGAUAUCAAACACUUCCCAAUGGCAACUUCGAAAGUUCUUAGUAUUUUGUUCUUUGUGUUGUUAGGUUUCGGCAUUUGCUCUGCUGCUAGAACACUCCUCACCUUUGGUGUAGAUCAUCGCAUUGGUGCAGGUUACCAUGGUGACAUUGGUGUGAGUGGUGGUGGAGGUCAUGGAGGUGGUGGAGGUGGAGGUUCUGCCGGUGGUGUAGAUGGACAUGGGGGAGGAGCUGGUGGCGGUGAAGGUGUUGGAGGUGGUGGAGGAUAUGGAGGUGAUGGUGGUGGUGGGGGUGGUGGAGGAGGAACUGGAGGUGGUGGCGGUGGAGGUGGGUCUGAAGGUGGUGGAUAUGGUGCAGGAGCUGGGAAAGGUGGUGGGGAAGGAUAUGGUGGAGAUGUAGCACAUGGCGGUGGGUAUGCUGGUGGAGGGGGAGGUGGAACUGGUGGAGGUGGAGGCGGUGGUGGUGGGUCUGAUGGUGGUGGAUAUGGUGGAGGAGCUGGGAAAGGUGGUGGGGAAGGAUAUGGUGGGGGUGCAGCACAUGGCGGUGGAUAUGCUGGCGGAGGGGGAGGUGGAAGUGGUGGAGGUGGAGGUGGUGGUGGUGGUGCUGGGGGAGCUGGUGGUGGUUAUGGAGGUGGAGAAGGAGGUGGAGCAGGAGGUGGAUAUGGAAGAGAUCAUGGAGGAGGAUACGGAGGUGGAGGUGGAAGUGGAGGUGGUGGAGGAGGUGGUGCUGGUGGAGCGCAUGGCGUUGGAUACGGUAGUGGUGGAGGAACCGGUGGUGGAUAUGGGGGUGGGUCGCCUGGGGGUGGUGGUGGAGGUGGUGGCUCUGGUGGAGGCGGAGGUGGUGGAGGUGCGCAUGGAGGAGCAUAUGGUGGUGGUAUUGGAGGUGGUGAAGGUGGCGGCCAUGGUGGAUAUGAGCCCUGAGGAUUCAAUGCAAUUCAAUGUUAUGAAAGAACUCCUAGCACCUCUUAACUAUAAUAAUACCAAGAAUAAGAUAUGGUUACGAGGAUGCUUAUAAACUAUCACUAAAAUUUAUCUUUGCAUGUACGUGAAAAAUGUUGAAUGAAUGCAAAUUGAUUCUCUAGUCGAAGAUUUAUAAUGGUUUAUAA